UGGGGCUGGUGAGAUGGACGACAGACAGCGUCAUCGGUCGCACGACCGUGAGUACCGUGGCCUGCUCCCGCCACCGCACUCCGCCUCCUCAAAGCGCUCCUACGAAGACCGUGCCGCAUCCGAUCGUCGGUAUGACAACAACCGAGGCUAUCGACCGCGCCACCACGAACGCGUCAGCAGCACGCCGCCCUCUUGUGCACGUCACGCACCACACGCAACACCCACCUUGUCGUCGUCUUCCCGCUCGGCUGCGCCUCUGCCACGGAGUGCCAUUCGAAACCACGGCAAGCUCGGGUACUUCUUCCGCGGCCUUGACCCAUCCAUCCGCAGAAACUUGGUGCUGGACAACGAGGCGCUCUAUUCGGUGUCGGAGUCUGGCAGCGCCGAUGCCAUGACCUGGGUGCUGCGGUGUUUUGUUGGCGAGGAUGAGCCCGUUCUGGAUGGCACGGCGUGUGUCGGUGGCAACACUUACAGCUUGCAGAAGGUGUUUCCACACACGUAUGCAACGGAGAUUGACGCAGAUCGCUUCGUCAUGUUGCAGCACAACCUGCACGUCCUCGGCUGCGCUGACCGUGUACGUGCAAGGCAGGGUGACAUUGUCAAGUUCGUACAAGACGUUCCCGCGGACAGUGGACGCACAGCACCUACCCACCGCCACCACCAGCAACAACGACAACACCAGCGAGAACAACAACAGCAACAUACGCAUCCCACCGCAGCCAUGACACCCAGUACCACUGGUGGGGAUCUCCGAUCGCUCAUUGAGCGUCGUCGUGCGCACACCAACGAUCACGAAGAAGGCAGUGAAGAUGAUACGCUCCCACGUAAGCGUGCGCACAGAGAAACGGAGACAGCCACGGCAGAAGAAACGGCACAAGCAACGGCAGACACCACAGCUGAGACGCGCACACUGGCCAGGGACAAGCAUGGAUGGCCCACCUACUUUGGCGCAAUCAUGGUGGAUCCACCAUGGGGUGGUGUUGACUACAGAGACAAGCGGUGCAUGGAUUUGUCACUGUCAGAGGUGUAUCUGGAGCGCUGGGUUCGCAUGGCAGCGUCCCGUGCACGCGUGGUCAUGUGCAAGGUGCCCAGCAACUACAACAGCAAUGCCUUCAACGAGGAGAUGGUGAACAUGGCGCUGCGAGCCGAUCCGGGCCCUCGCCCGCGUGCCAUCGUGCACAUCGAACUGGCAAAGUUUGACGUGAUUGUCGUCUUAUUUGACCACACGUCUGACAUCACGCCUGGCAUGCCGGCCUCUUGGUCGCAGCCAGUGGCGGUACCUCACAUUGAUGACCUCAAACGCCGCCUCGGUGCUCUGUACCCUUCUUGGACAGGCACCAUUGCUGGCAUAGUCGUGAAGGAGCUGGGCUGGGUGCGUGGCUGGGUGUCAACCCAAGACACCGUUAGUAACGAUGGCGUGCGCCGUCUUCGCAGUCGCAAGUGAUCGGCGUUGCGUGUGUGUGUGUGUGUGUGUGUGUGUCUGUCUGUCUGUCUGUCUGUCUGUC